CGCAGCCCACACACAGACCCCAACUUGCGGCUGUCCAUCUCACCUACAGCUCUGGUCUCAUCCUCAACCCAACCACAACCAUGGCGCAGAUGCUGGCUCUGAGCCUCCUUAGCCUGGUCCUGGCUCUCUGCAUCCCCUGGACCCAAGGCAGUGAUGGAGGGGGUCAGGACUGCUGCCUUAAGUACAGCCAGAAGAAGAUUCCCUACAGUAUUGUCCGAGGCUACAGGAAGCAAGAACCAAGCUUAGGCUGCCCCAUCCCAGCAAUCCUGUUCUUGCCCCGGAAGCAGUCUCAGCCUGAGCUAUGCGCAAACCCUGCGGAAGGCUGGGUGCAGAAGCUGAUGCGACGUCUGGACCAGCCUCCAGCCCCGGGGAAACAAGGCACAGGGUGCAGGAAGAACCGAGGAACCUCUAAGUCUGGAAAGAAAGGAAAGGGCUCCAAGGGCUGCAAGGGGACUGAACAGACACAGAAUCCACGAGGGUAGCCCAGUGAGCCGCCUGGAGCCCGGGAGGUCCUCCACGAAUUCAAGCCCAGUGCUUCACGGUCCAACAGGCAAAGAGGGAGCUAGAAAACAAAGACUCGGGGGACCCAGCGCAGCCACCUCGUGCUGGCCCUGUCACACCCCUGCCCUGCUUCAACCAUCACAUCUGCACGGCCAUCCCUUUCUUCCAUGGCGGAGCUGCCUUCCCUGGGAUAGACCUAGAGAGUCAGAAGAAGGAGACAGCAGGACUGUCCCCUCUAGGAGGUCACUCAGGUCCCCAGACCUGAGCCUGCUCUCCAUGGCACCCUCCCCUCGUCCUUGCACCUAUGAUUUAUACCUAACUGAAUAAAAUGCUCGUCCAGCCUCAA